AAAGUGGGUGUUGCUGGAAUUCCUCUCUCCCUCUCCCGUAAUGAGGGGGCUGAGCUGUCCCUCCGAGGAGGGGGCAUGGUGUAGAUAAAAGAGACGAAAAAACAGGGGGAAGUUUCCAAAAAUAAAAGCGUCCGUCUGCCCUUCAGAAGGCUGCAGAGACGCGAGAAGGCGCGAAGGUGCAGCGGCGGUGCGCGCCUGGCUGGAGACGAGCGGACGCCAGGCUCGGGGCGCGCAGCCCCGGGACCGCUCACGCCGCCCAGCCCUCGCCCCGGGAAGGCUGGCUUGGAGCCCCUAGACCGGGAGAAGCGGGCCGCCGGCCGGGGAGCGGAGCGCGGCCGCCGCAAGCCCCCGGGGCGGUUCCCCCCGCUCAGCGCUCUCCAGUCGCCCCCGGCGCCAUGAGGCCCCCGACCACCCACCGCUGCCCCGGGCGCGCCCUGCAGAACCCCUGCGGGGGCCUCCUGGCCCUCACUCUGGCUGUCUUCUUGGGCAUGGGCCAUGCUCAGAGGGACACGGUGGGAAGAUACGAGCUGGCUGGCAGGGACGCGAAUCGGCUGCGGCGCCCCGGGGGCAGUCACCCCGCAGCGUCUGCAGCCAAGGUGUACAGUCUGUUCCGAGAGCAGGACGCGCCAGUCCCGGGCUUGCCGCCCACGGAGCGGGCCCAACCCGGCUGGGGGAGCCCCCGGAGGCCCGCCGACGCGCUGGCCAGGAGGCCGCCCCGCGCGCAGCAGCCGCGGCGAGCCCAGCCACCUGCGCAGACCUGGAGAAGCAGUCCCUCGGGCCAGCAGCAACCCGCAGCCCGGGCCCGGGCCGCCCCGGCCCUCCCGCGCCUCGGAACCCUCCAGCGGCCCGGGGCUGCGCCCCCAACCCCGCCGCGGGGGCGGCUUACGGGGAGGAAUGUCUGCGGGGGACAGUGCUGCCCAGGAUGGACGACAGCAAAUAGCACCAACCACUGUAUCAAACCUGUGUGCCAGCCGCCGUGCCAGAACCGGGGAUCCUGCAGCCGGCCCCAGCUCUGCGUGUGCCGCUCUGGCUUCCGCGGAGCCCGCUGUGAGGAGGUCAUUCCUGAGGAGGAAUUCGACCCCCAGAACUCAAGGCCAGCACCGCGACGCGCAGCCGAGGGGUCCCCCAACCUGCGCAGGAGCAGCGCUGCCAGAGAAAGCACCACAACCCCCAGAGCGCGGUCAGUGGCAUCACAGCGGCCUCCGGCCAGGACCCUGAGUGGGCUCAGCCAGACCCAGCCCUCCCAACAGCACGCGGGGUUGUCCCGGACUGUCCGGCUUUACCCAACCGCCGCAGCCAGCGGUCAGCUCACCUCCAAUGCCCUGCCCGCAGGGCCAGGCCUUGAGCGGAGGGAUGGCGCCCAGCAGGCAGCGUAUCUGGACCGCCUGUCAUCCCCCUGGGGGCUGAACCUCACGGAGAAAAUCAAGAAGAUCAAGAUCGUCUUCACUCCCACCAUCUGCAAGCAGACUUGUGCGCAUGGACACUGUUCCAACAGCUGUGAGCGUGGUGACACCACCACCCUAUAUAGCCAGGGUGGUCAUGGGCAUGACCCCAAGUCUGGCUUCCGAAUCUAUUUCUGCCAGAUCCCCUGCCUGAACGGGGGCCGCUGCAUCGGCCGGGAUGAGUGCUGGUGCCCUGCCAACUCCACCGGAAAGUUCUGCCACCUGCCCUCCCCGAAGCUGGACACGGGGCCUCCAGAGAGGGGCUCCCGCCACGGGGCCCUGCGGGAAGGCCCCUUGAGGCAGUCCACCUUCACCUUGCCUCUCUCCAACCAGCUGGCCUCCGUGAACCCCUCCUUGGUGAAGGUGCACAUCCGCCACCCGCCAGAGGCCUCCGUGCAGGUCCAUCAGGUGGCUCGGGUGCGGGGCGAGGCCCCAGAGGAGAACAGCGUGGAGACCAGACCCUCGCCCUGGCUCCCCGCCAGCCCCCGCCAUAGCCACUGGGACGGCAACAGCAUCCCUGCGCGGUCUGGAGAGGCCCUUCAGCCACCGCCCCCGGCAGCACCCAGGCCUCCAGGAGGGCUGGGCCGCUGUUACCUGAGCUCUGUGAAUGGACAGUGUGCCAACCCCUUGCUGGAGCUGACUGCCCAAGAGGAUUGCUGUGGCAGUGUGGGAGCCUUCUGGGGGGUGACCUCAUGUGCCCCAUGCCCACCCAGACCAGCCUCCCCGGUGAUUGAAAAUGGCCAGCUGGAAUGUCCUCAGGGGUAUAAGAGACUGAAUCUCACUCACUGCCAAGAUAUCAACGAGUGCCUGACCCUGGAUCUGUGCAAGGACUCGGAGUGCGUGAACACCAGGGGCAGCUACCUGUGCACCUGCGGGCCUGGCCUCAUGCUGGACCCAUCCAGGAGCCGCUGUGUGUCCGACAAGGCCGUCUCCAUGCGGCAGGGGCCGUGCUACCGGUCUCUGGGGCCUGGCACCUGCGCCCUGCCUUUGGCCCAGAGCAUCACCAAGCAAAUCUGCUGCUGCAGCCGAGUGGGCAAAGCUUGGGGCAGCAAGUGUGAGAGAUGCCCCCUGCCUGGCACAGAGGCCUUCAGGGAGAUCUGCCCUGCUGGCCACGGCUACACCUACUCGAGCUCACAUAUCCGCCUGGCCAUGAGGAAGGCCGAGGAGGAGGAACUGGCCAGGCCCUCCAGGGAGCAAGCGCAGAAGAGCUACGGGACCCCGCCGGGGCCAGCGGAGAGGCAGCCGCUCCGGGCCGUCACUGACACCUGGCUAGAGCCCGAGACCGUCCCUGACAAGGGAGACUCUCAGGCUGGCCAGGUCACAACCAGUGCUACCCAAGUUCCUGCCUGGGUCCCAGGAGAUGCCGUGGAAAGACCAACGCCACCACCUCCUGGACAGGGGAUUCCGGACAGCCAGGAAGAGGAGCACGUGACUACCCCAGCCGAGGGGCUGGCGGCCCUGGGCCCCUCAGACAUUGACAGAUGUGCCGCCGGAGCCACCAACAUCUGUGGGCCUGGAACGUGCGUGAACCUCCCAGAUGGGUACAAAUGCAUCUGCAGCCCCGGCUACCAGCUGCACCCCAGCCAGGCCUACUGCACGGACGACAACGAGUGUCUGAGGGACCCCUGCGCGGGAAGAGGGCGCUGCGUCAACCAAGUGGGUUCCUACUCCUGCUUCUGCUACCCUGGCUACAUGCUGGCCACCUCGGGGACCACACAGGAAUGCCAAGACAUAGACGAGUGUGAGCAGCCAGGGGUGUGCCGCGGGGGACGAUGCACCAACACGGAGGGCUCGUACCACUGCCAGUGUGACCAGGGCUACAUCAUGGUCAGGAAGGGACACUGUCAAGAUAUCGACGAAUGCCGUCACCCUGGCACCUGCCCCGACGGGAGAUGCGUCAACUCCCCCGGAUCCUACACUUGCCUUGCCUGUGAGGAGGGCUACCAGGGCCAGAGCGGGAGCUGUGUAGAUAUAAAUGAGUGUCUGACCUCCGGGGUCUGCGCCCAUGGAAAGUGCAUCAACCUGGAGGGCUCCUUUAAAUGCUCUUGUGAGCAGGGCUACAAGGUCACCUCAGAUGAGAAGGGCUGCCAAGAUGUCGAUGAGUGUGCCAGCCGGGCCUCGUGCCCCACGGGCCUGUGCCUCAACACGGAGGGCUCCUUCAGCUGCUCGGCCUGCGAGAGUGGCUACUGGGUGAACGAGGACGGCACUGCCUGUGAAGACCUAGAUGAGUGCGCCUUCCCGGGAGUGUGCCCCUCAGGAGUCUGCACCAACACGGCUGGCUCCUUCUCCUGCAGGGACUGCGAGGCGGGCUACUGGCCCAGCACCCUGGGCCACACCUGUGAAGAUGUGGAUGAGUGUGAAGACUUCCGGAGCAGCUGCCAGGGAGGCGAGUGCAAGAACACGGCUGGCUCCUACCAGUGCCUGUGCCCCCCGGGCUUCCAGCUGACCAAUGGCACCGUGUGUGAGGACGUGGACGAGUGUGUGGGAGAGGAGUACUGCGCACCCCGUGGCGAGUGCCUCAACAGCCACGGGUCCUUCUUCUGUCUCUGCGCACCAGGCUUCGCCAGCGCAGAGGGGGGCACCAGCUGCCAGGAUGUGGACGAAUGUGCAGUCACGGACCGGUGUCUGGGAGGACACUGUGUCAACACCGAGGGCUCCUUCAGCUGUCUGUGUGAGGCCGGCUUCCAACCCUCCCCAGAGAGUGGGGAGUGUGUGGAUGUUGACGAGUGUGAGGACUAUGGAGACUCGGCAUGUGGGGCCUGGAGGUGUGAGAACAGCCCUGGCUCCUACCGCUGUGUCCUGGGCUGCCAGCCUGGCUUCCACAUGGCUCCAGCUGGAGAUUGCAUCGCAGGGCUUGCACAGAAAUUGAAGAGGAACGACAUAGAUGAGUGUGCCAACGACACCUUGUGUGGGAGCCACGGCUUCUGUGACAACACCGACGGCUCCUUCCGCUGCCUCUGUGACCAGGGCUUCGAGACUUCGUCCUCCGGCUGGGACUGUGUUGACGUGAAUGAGUGUGAGCUCAUGCUGGCGGUGUGUGGGGCGGCGCUCUGUGAGAACGUGGAGGGCUCCUUCCUGUGCCUCUGUGCCAGCGACCUGGAGGAGUACGACGCUCAGGAGGGCCACUGUCGCCCGCGGGUGGCCGGAGGUCAGAGUAUUCCUGAGGCCCCGCCAGGGGACCGCGCCCCAGGCCCCAUCCGCAUGGAAUGCUUCUCCGGGCAGAACGGCCAGCUGCCCUGCUCCAGCCUUCUGGGCCGGAACACCACCCGGGCCGAGUGCUGCUGCACCCAGGGUGCCAGCUGGGGGGAUGCCUGUGACCCCUGCCCAGCUGAGGACUCAGUUGAAUUCAGUGAGAUCUGCCCUAGUGGUAAAGGCUACAUCCCCGUGGACGGAGCCUGGAUGUUUGGACAGACCACAUACACAGAUGCAGAGGAGUGUGUGAUGUUUGAGCCUGGUCUCUGCCAGAAUGGCCGGUGCCUCAACACGGUGCCUGGCUACAUCUGCUUGUGCAACCCCGGCUACCACUACAACGCCGUCCUCAGGAAGUGCGAGGAUCACGACGAGUGCCAGGCCAUGGCAUGUGAGAAUGGUGAGUGUGUGAACACCGAAGGCUCUUUCCACUGCUUCUGCAGCCCCCCCCUCACCCUGGACCUCAGCCAGCAGCGCUGCGUGAACAGCACCGGGAGCACUGAGGACCUGCCUGACCACGACAUCCACACGGACAUCUGCUGGAAAAGAGUCACCAACUACGUGUGCAGCCAAGCCCUGCACGGGCGCCGCACCACCUACACGGAAUGCUGCUGCCAGGACGGCGAGGCCUGGAGCCAGCAGUGUGCCCUCUGCCCCCCCAGGAGCUCCGAGGUCUAUGCUCAGCUGUGCAACGUGGCCCGGAUUGAAGCGGAGCGGGAGGCGGGGGUCCACUUCCGGCCAGGCUAUGAGUACGGCCCUGGGCCCGAGGACCUGCACUACAGCCUCUACGGCCCCGAUGGGGCCCCCUUCUACAACUACCUGGGCCCUGAGGACACCAUCCCAGAGCCACCCUUCCCCAACACAGCCAGCCGCACCGGGGACCACACACCAGUUCUUGAGUCACCCCUGCAGCCCUCGGACCUCCAGCCCCACUACGUGGCCAGCGGGCCAGAGCACCAGGCCGGCUUCGAAGGGCUGCAGGCAGAGGAAUGCGGCGUCCUGAACGGCUGUGAGAAUGGCCGCUGUGUGCGCGUGAGGGAGGGCUACACCUGUGACUGCUUUGAGGGCUUCCAGCUGGACAUGGCCCACAUGGCGUGUGUGGAUGUGAAUGAGUGUGAUGACUUGAACGGGCCUGCUGCACUCUGUGCCCAUGGUCACUGCGAGAACACCGAGGGCUCCUACCGCUGCCACUGCUCCCCAGGUUAUGUGGCCGAGGCAGGCCCCCCACACUGUACUGCCAAGGAGUAGCAGUGAGGAGGGGUCGGUG